UCGUGCUUCCGACGGAUACAUGGUGUCAGGAAUGGGAUCUUCCACACCGGAGCAGCUACCAUGGACGGGCUUCGUCCGCCGGAUGCGCUAGUACUGUCUGGAAACGUAGCGGAAAACUGGCGCAAAUUUCAACAACGGUUGGAAUUCUACCUCGAGGCAACAGAGGUUGAAGGGAAGGCACGUUCAGACAAGAAGAAGAUAGCAACGCUGCUCCAUGUGGCCGGGCCGGAGGCGGUGGAAGUUUUUAAUACGUUCACGCUAACUUCCGGAGAACGGGAGAGCUACACGACAGUGCUUCAGAGGUUCGAGGAUUACUGCACUACUAAGUGUAACGAAACCUAUGAACGCUAUGUCUUCAGGUGUCGCAUGCAAGGUGAAGGUGAGCAGUUCGAAUCCUUCUACCGAGACAUUCAACUGAAAGCUCAAUCAUGUAACUUUGCGACACUGUCAGAUUCUUUCAUACGGGACCAAAUUGUGUAUGGGGUGCUAGACAGAAGUCUGCGCGAGAGGCUCUUGCGUGAAGAGAACCUAACCCUAACAAAAACGGUUCAAAUAUGCAAAGCUGCCGAAUUGACGGAAGAACACAAGAAGAUCUGGAGUCAAACUGACAAGUCAGUAGACUCAGUGGUGAAAGAAAAACGACGGAAAUACGGUGGCAGCAGAUGCAAAAAAUGCAACAGUAAUCAUGAACCGAAGAAGUGCCCCGCGUAUGGGAAAGUGUGUCGCAAGUGCAAAAAGAGGAAUCAUUUUGCUGUAUGUUGCAAACUAAGGCAGAAGGUAGCUGACGGAGUGUAUCUCGCAGAUGAUGAAACAGAUAGCGACGGCCUUGAUGUGCUGGAAGUCUGCAAUGGCAGGGAUAACCGCGACGACUGGCUGAUAACGGCAGCUAUCUCGGGGAAGGAUGUGCAACUAAAAGUUGACACGGGAUCACAAGCAAACCUGCUUCCGCUGUCUGUAUUCAAGAAGAUAGUCCUCGGGAUUCGUACCAGGCCGACGACAGCAGUUCUACGGAGUUACAGCGGCGGCGUUAUCUCCCACAUCGGAACCGCACAGCUGCACACGAAGAUCAAGGGUGUGACAGCAAAUCUGGAUUCUUUGACUACAAGUGCUCGUCGAGCAAUUUUGGGCCUCAAGGCGUGCAGACUAUACGGACUGGUCAACUGCGUAGACGCUGUGGCAAGUACUGAUUGCUCAAACGGUCAUGUAGCGGCGGACUUUCCAGAUUUGUUCCAGGGCUUGGGAUGCACCAAGAGAGUAUACAGAAUGGUGUUGAAGGAAGGGACAGUUCCGGUCAUCCAGUCAGCGCGCCGGGUACCGCAGAUGCUCAAAAGACCUCUCAAGGAGGAACUGGACAGGAUGGAGGCAAAGGGCAUCAUAGCAAAGAUGGAAGAACCAUCUGACUGGGACUUCUGAACUACAGAACCACUCCUCAAGAAGAUGGCAACACCCCAGCAGAGCUGUUGAUGGGCCGGCGACUGCGCACAUGGCUUCCAGACUUUAGGCGCACCACGCAAGUACAAGUCCGAAAGCAUCAACAAGAUUCCUCAAGAGGCACUCUACUUAAACCGCUGUUGCCUGGCCAACAUGUACGUGUACUACAGGACGGCGCCUGGACCCUAAAGGGAAAGAUACAAGAUGUCGUAGCACCUAGAUCAUACAAGGUGGUCACUGAAGACAACAGACCGCUACGAAGAAAUCGACAUCUUCUGCCCACACCCGAACGGUACGUUCCUACACGGCCGGACAUGGAUUCAGCCCGUCACCCAGAAAACGGACAUCGAGUUGAACCACCCGCGACUGAAGACUCUUCGCAAUCUGUAACCGAAUCGGCCUCACCUUCCAAGAAGUGUCUACCUUCAUCUGACGAUGGGAAGGAUUCAGAGCCCUCUCUACGGAGGUCAUCCAGGACAAGACGCCCACCGGACAGGCUCGUGUAUACAUAGUUGUGUUCUUUUAAACUGUCUGCAUGUAUGAGUUAGUAUUAGAUGUCUAACGGUUAAACAUAAAAAAAAGGGAAGAUGUAUCGGUAUGCUGAUAACAGCCCAGCGCGUAGCAUAUCUAGUCUUAACCUUGAGCGACUUCACGUGGUCCUGUUUGUACGUGUCCUCCCCCAUUUUGUGUGUGUGUAUAUAAGCUGUGAAUAAAGGCGCAACCGUU